GUCGUAGCCAUGUAGUAGACCGUUGUAACCAGGGUGUGUCGCUGUAGAGCUGGGCAUGCCUGCCUGGGACUGGUUGUUCAAACACCCAGCUCCGCUUCUACUAGUGGCCUGUUGUCUAAUCACGUUGUUCGCCGGGUGGAGUUUGGCUUCAGUGUGCAGGACAAAGACGAGAUGUACUGCUGUCUCUACUGCAGGCCAGCUUCCCUCUGAGAAACAGAGCUGGUUCCUCACCACAGGCGAGAAAUCUGCUGAGUCCAGCUGUUUUUUUUUUUUUACAUCCUCCCAAUGGGACAUUUACUAUAGCUGCAAGGACAUCUGGGUUUUAACAAAUCACGACUGAUGGAAGGAGUUUCUUCUUUAAUGUUGCCCAUGAUGGCAGUGUUAAGAUGAUCCUCGAUUCUCUAUGCAGUGAGAGGAAGCUCCAUCUUAUGAAGACCUUGUGUUGACACCAGAUAAGGGCCGGUUGGGGCCAAGGAGUGGAGCUCGAGACUUGUACUCCACCCGUCUGACUUGGAUCCGGAAGACAUCCGCACUCGGCUUUCUUCAUCAUGGAGCUGUUUUUUAAUCCCUUUGACAGCUUGGUGUGUAUCCUCCUGGGUAUCUCCUUCACUGUGUGGUUCACACUACUGCUUGUCUUCAUACUCGUGCCCGCCAUCUUCGGGGUGUCCUUUGGGAUCAGACGUGUAUAUAUGAAGUCAUUGUUAAAGAUAUUUGAGUGGGCUACAAUAAGGAUGGAGAGAGGAGCCAAAGAAAAGAAUCACCCCUUGUAUAAACCCUACUCAAACGCUAUCAUUGCGAAACAUCCUACUUCCUUGGAAGAAGAGAUCAAGGAGAUUCGGCGCAGUGGCAGCAACAAAGACCUGGACUCUGCACCCGAGUUUGAGAUGUCGGACAUCUUCUAUUUUGCUCGAAGAGGAGUGGAGAGCAUCAUGGAUGAUGAGGUCACCAAGCGGUUCUCUGCAGAAGAGUUGGAGUCUUGGAAUCUGCUGACACGGAGCAAUUACAACUUCCACUAUAUCAGCCUGAGGCUGACUGUGCUAUGGGGAUUGGGCCUUCUCAUUCGCUAUGGCAUCCUUUUACCUCUCAGGGUAACCUUGGCCUUUACUGGUGUUGGCCUCCUAGUAUUUCUAACUUCUCUUAUAGGCUUCCUACCCAAUGGAAGGAUGAAAAGCAUCCUAAGUGAAAAGGCCCACCUAAUGUGCAACAGAAUAUGUGUCAGAGCUCUGACUGCGAUCAUAACCUACCAUGACAGUGAGAAUAAACCCAAAAACGGAGGAAUAUGUGUCGCCAACCACACAUCACCUAUUGAUGUCAUAAUUUUAGCCAGUGAUGGCUGCUACGCAAUGGUGGGCCAAAUUCAUGGGGGAUUGAUGGGAAUCAUUCAGCGAUCCAUGGUGAGAGCCUGCCCACACAUAUGGUUUGAGCGCUCAGAGGUUAAAGACAGACAUCUAGUGGCGAACAGGCUGAGUGACCAUGCACAAGACAAAUCUAAGCUUCCUAUUCUCAUAUUCCCUGAAGGUACAUGCAUUAACAACACAUCAGUUAUGAUGUUUAAGAAAGGCAGCUUUGAAAUCGGCGGCACAGUGUACCCUGUCGCCAUCAAGUACGAUCCCAGAUUUGGAGAUGCCUUCUGGAAUAGCAGCAAGUUUGGAAUGGUCAACUACCUCUUACGCAUGAUGAGCAGCUGGGCCAUUGUCUGCAGUGUGUGGUACCUACCUCCCAUGUCCAGGGAGGAAGGGGAGGAUGCUGUACAGUUUGCCAAUCGGGUAAAAGCAGCCAUUGCAAGACAAGGAGGAUUAGUGGAUCUUUUAUGGGAUGGAGGGCUAAAGAGAGGAAAGGUAAAAGAUACUUUUAAGGAAGAACAGCAGAAGCUCUACAGUAAAAUGCUGGUAGGCACCCAAGAGGAUCGCAGUCGCUCCUGAGAGAUUUGCGAGAAGGUGGAUCAGCUCCAAAGUCUCGCAGGGAAGCCAUGACUGCAAAUGAAGUCAGCUGUGCACCCUCCAGAUUAGGGUUUCUAGACUUUUCUCUGCCUCACACAAAAGUGUGCAGUUUGCAGCGUUAUAUCAGGUCAAUUGGAGUUACAUGACACAAGCCUCGCCUGCAUUAAAAUGAAAAUAUUGACGUGCUCUAAGAUGGAAACAUUUUUGCUUGUGGUUGAGGAAACAUUUGUAAUAUAUCUGUUAUUAAGUUUGUGUCUGUUUUGUAAUUUUAUUUGUAUUUCAGUUACAUUUUAAGGUAAUCCUGGGUUUACCAGGGUAUAUAACAGAGUUAUAGAUUAAAAAAGGCCACGUUUGGAGAGUUUGCAUGGCUGGCUUGUGUCUGACAUGAUGCCAGCCUUUGUUACACACAUGUAAAACUAUUUUUAUGAGCUUUUUUCCAAGAUCUUGUAUUUUAAGCUUCGUGUUUUACAUGAAGCCUUGUAUCAACAAGACUACAACAGCAGGAAUUGUUGUUGCUGAACUCUCGCUGCUGGUUCUUUUUCCAUGGAAUGUGUAAAUGCUCGCAUUGUGAAGUGGAAAUAUAGCUGCGAAAGAUGGCAUAUAGCAAUCAGCAUUACCCCAGGUGAAGAGGUAAUCAUGCAAGUUUAAACAAUUACCACAAGACACUUGGAAUAGGAAGCAGCUAAUAUUAAAUUCGCUAACUUAUUUGGCCACCAAUUGGUUGAAGCUAACAAGAACUUUGUUUCGUUUAUUUAAACUGAACUCCAAAGGCUAUUGUCUUAAUUUCCCUUGCAUUUGGUGAGCUCUGGCACACUUGGCAGACUUAAAGAAAAAAGUAGCUGUAGUUUGGCCUCCAACAUGAAUGAAUCAUUUAUUUUGUGCCAAACAUGUUCAUAAAAAUAAACCUUCAAGAAUGUCACUAUCUGUGUUUAACAAUUGUUUUAUUUAAAUUGCUUAAUCGUGCAAGAUUCCCAUAGUAAAAUCUGGAAUCCUUCCCAAAGCAUUUGCACCUUUUUUUUUUUUUUUUUUUUAUUUAAGACUGCUAAUUAACAUAACUGAAUUCAUUUGUUCCCACUGGUAGAGAAUAAAGUGCACUCUGCUAGGACUAAAUGGUGAUGGAAAUGGUCGCGGUUGGACAGCUCUUAACAGCACUAUGGCAACCAUAAUGCGAUGGCUGAAGCAGAAACUACACGGCUGUACAAACCCAUGUAAGCCAAAGGUUUCACAGCUAUUAAAUCCACUACCGUUUGGUCUGAAUACUAAGGUGUUUACUUUU